AUGGUUGAGAAGUGGGAUCGAGCGUUCGAGGCCUCUGAGCUUGUGAAUUCUCUGAUUCCUAGGUUGACAUCGCGACAUCUUGAGAAUGCCGAUAGGCAGCACCGGCUUCGUCAGGCAGUUGGGCUCGCUUCUGAUACUGCAGCAGUGGCAAUGCAUGCUAAAAAAUCGCCAUUGACUGCGUUGAAUUUUCUUGAAAACGGUCGCGGUGUACUUGCCACAUCUCUAGAGGAUAUGCGUAUAGAUGUCGUGGAGCUGCAGGAGAGGCACCCUGACUUGGCAGAGCAAUUCAUAGCUCUACGUGAUGAGCUGGAAAAACCACCAUCACGGGUUAACUCUUCCACCAAACAGCAAGAAAUUGAAAAGCAAGAUGCGCAAAAUUCCUUGAGAGCAGAAGCGACUCGGCGUCGUGAUACCGGUGACAAACUCAACCAGCUGAUCAUAGAAAUCCGCAAAAGGCCAGGAUUCGAGCAGUUCCUACUCCCACCAAGUGAGUCGGAUAUUCAUGCUGCGGCUAGCCAGGGACCGAUUGUUGUCAUCAAUGUCAGCAAGCAUCGUUGUGAUGCGAUCAUAGUUGAAAGUCAGAGGAUCCGAUCACUACGACUGAAAGGGCUUGAAAGAGACUAUAUCGAAGAAAAGAGCCGACGAGGAAGACUAGGAACUCCCGAAAUACUAGAGUGGUUAUGGGAUUACAUCGCCGGUCCAAUAUUGGAAGCCUUGACAUUUACUCAGCCGCCUCCCGACAACGACUGGCCCCAUGUAUGGUGGAUUCCCACAGGACCUCUGAGCAAAUUUCCUCUCCAUGCUGCAGGGCGCCAUGAAGAAAGCUCUGGCGACACAGUGCUCGACAGGGUCAUGUCGUCUUAUAGUCCCUCUAUAAAGGCCAUCAUAAAUGGUCGUCGUCGCAGUGACCAAAUGACUGCCCAGAUGGGCUCGUCGCUCCUUGUCUCGAUGGAACGCACCCCAGGCUAUUCCAACCUCCCUUAUGCUAGUAACGAGAUAGAGAUACUACAUGAUCUUCAUAAGUCGCUCGCACUCAACCCUCUCGAGCCCGGGCGUCGUUACCAAGACAUCAGGUCUCAUUUGGCUGAUUGCAGGAUAUUUCAUUUUGCCGGACAUGGACUUUCGCAUCCAGAUGACCCAUCGAAGAGUGAGCUGCUUGUAGAGGACCGAGAUACCAAUCCACUGACGGUAGCCACUCUUCUUGAGAUGAACCUCCGCCAAAAUCCACCCUUCCUCGCGUAUCUGUCCGCGUGUGGGACCGGCCGGAUCAGGGAUGAGAGUUUCGUCGACGAGAGCAUCCAUCUAAUUAGUGCUUUCCAACUGGCAGGCUUCCGGCAUGUCAUUGGUACUUUGUGGGAAGUCAAUGAUGAGAUAUGCGUGGAUAUGGCUGGACUUACAUAUGAGGGAAUCCGAGACGGAGGCAUGACAGACGACUCAGUCUGUCGAGGCCUCCACCACGCCAGCCGGGAACUCCGAGACCUUUGGCUAAUUUCAUCAGCGAUACGAGGCGGAAGACUAAACAAUGAAGCAAGUCCACUUCCAGCGGGGGAUGGGGAAGCUACAGAGGAGGAGAAUGAGAGGGGUCAUAGGCUGGGAAGGGAUAUUACUUUGGACGAGAGGGCAGAGGCACACUGGAUUCCAUAUGUUCACUUCGGUGUUUGA